GCUCUCCCCGCGCAUGAGGCGGGCUAGCGGCGUCCUGGGAGCGAUGGAGCAGGACCGGGAAGAGUUGGUGUCUGCCUUCUGCCACAAAACUUCAUCUUUGGAGCGGGUGGAGGAUGAAGGCGGUGACGAUGAGGAUGAUGAAUUGGACAUCUUUGGGGGCUAUGACAGCCUCACGUGCUACAACAGCAGCAUGGGCAGUGACAGCAGCUCCUGUCUGGAGGAGUCUAGUGAUGAUGAGGUGGCAGACCGGGAAGCUGGAGAGCUUUCGACUUCUCCGAUGCACCAGCCAUCCACAGGCCGGCACACAGAAGACAGUGGCUCUGAGCCAGCUGUGUGCGAAAUGUGUGGGAUUGUGGGCACCAGGGAGGCUUUCUUCUCCAAGACCAAACGUUUCUGCAGUGUUUCCUGCUCCAGAAGCUACUCCUCAAAUUCCAAAAAAGCCAGCAUCCUGGCCAGAUUACAGGGGAAACCACCAACGAAGAAAGCUAAAGUUCUGCACAAGGCAUCCUGGUCAGCCAAGAUAGGGGCCUUCCUCCAUUCACAGGGCACAGGACAACUGGCAGAUGGGACACUGACAGGUCAGGAUGCACUCGUCCUGGGCUUUGACUGGGGAAAAUACCUGCAGGAGCACAGCUACAAGGCAGCUCCUGUCAGUUGCUUCAAACACGUGCCACUCUUCGAUCAGUGGGAUGAUGUGGUGAAAGGUAUGAAAGUGGAAGUGCUGAACAGUGAUGCUGUGCUCCCCAGCCGUGUGUACUGGAUUGCAUCUGUCAUCCAGAUUGUAGGAUACAGGGCCCUUCUGCGAUAUGAAGGCUUUGAGAACGAUGCUGGUCAUGACUUCUGGUGCAAUUUGGGCACAGUGGAUAUUCACCCCAUUGGCUGGUGUGCCAUCAAYAGCAAAAUCCUGGUACCACCACAAACUAUCCAUGCCAAGUACACUGACUGGAGAAGUUACCUUAUGAAAAAACUGGUGGGAGCCAGGACCAUCCCAGUGGAUUUCCACAUAAAGAUGGCAGAGAGCAUGAAGUACCCAUUCCGACAGGGCAUGCGGGUUGAAGUGGUGGAUAAGAACCAUGUGUCCCAGACACGUAUGGCAGUGGUGGACACAGUGAUUGGGGGCAGACUGAGACUUCUCUAUGAGGACGGUGACAGCGAUGAUGACUUCUGGUGCCACAUGUGGAGUCCCCUCAUCCACCCUGUGGGCUGGUCACGGAGAGUGGGCCAUGACAUAAAGAAGACAGAAGAAAAACGUAAUGACAUGGCAAACCAUCCCACGUUCCGGAAGAUUUACUGUGAUGCUGUUCCCUAUCUGUUUAAGAAGGUACGAGCUGUCUAUUCUGAAGGUGGAUGGUUUGAGCAAGGCAUGAAACUGGAAGCCAUAGACCCCCUGAAUCUGGGCAACAUCUGUGUGGCCACUGUUUGCAAGGUUCUCUUGGAUGGGUAUCUCAUGAUCAACAUUGAUGGAGCCACGUCUGAUGAUGGCUCUGACUGGUUCUGCUACCAUGCCUCUUCACAUGCCAUCUUCCCUGCCAACUUUUGUAAGAGAAACAACAUCGAACUGACUCCUCCAAAAGGGCACAAUGCAAAGACCUUCAGCUGGGAACGUUACCUGGAAGAGACCAAAGCAAGACCAGCUCCGUCACGGCUCUUCAACACAGACUGUCCAAACCAUGGCUUCAAGGCAGGCAUGAAGGUGGAGGCAGUGGACCUGAUGGAGCCCCGGCUCAUCUGUGUGGCCACCGUGAAGCGUGUAGUCCAACGUCUCCUUAGCAUCCAUUUUGAUGGCUGGGACAACGAGUAUGACCAGUGGGUGGAYUGCGAAUCUCCAGACAUUUAUCCUGUGGGGUGGUGUGAGCUGACAGGCUACCAGCUUCAGCCUCCAGUGGUUCCAGAGCCCACAACUCCAGUGAAGGCCAAGGAGGUGCCCAAGAAGAAGAAGAAACCCUAUGGAAAGAAGAGAAAAAAGUUACCUGCCAAAGCCCGCAACAUCAAGCAGACUGUGAAGAAGCCUUCUGCCACUAAUACAAAACGAGAAGCAAAAGCUGCCAGCCAGGCUUUGCCAGAGCCAGCACCUGAUGAGAUCAUUGCUGUGCGGGUGAAAGAAGAAACCAUUGACCCAUCAGAUGCAGAAUUUGGAGAGACAGAGCUUCCUGUUCCCAUCAGCAGCAUAAAGCAGGAGGACACAGACUGA